UUCCAUGGCAACCAAUAGAAAAUUCAAAUUCCGGCCACCACUACCACCUACUUUCCCCGACUAAAUGCACGAAAUUCGAUGUCCUUUCAUUGCUACCAUCGAAGGCCAAAGCGAUGACGAUGAUGACGACGAAGAAUACGUAAUCAAAUAAAGCGUUCUUAAAGAAAACAGGAGUUUCCAAUUUUUUUUAUCAUCACACUCACACCCCCAUAACACUUUUGCUUCCUUCACUUCCCACUUCUUGCAAUGGCGGGGACAACACCGUCUGGGGACUCAGCUUCAGCCGAUGAGCUUACAGCAAAAGCUGUUCACAAGCGCUACGAAGGGUUGGUCAUGGUUCGAAACAAAGCUAUAAAGGGUAAAGGGGCUUGGUACUGGACGCACCUUGAGCCCAUGUUGAUUCCCAACACUGAUACGGGGCUACCCAAAGCUGUGAAACUCAAGUGCUCUCUAUGCGAUGCUGUCUUCUCCGCUUCCAAUCCUUCUCGUACCGCUACUGAGCAUCUAAAGCGUGGAACUUGCCCCAAUUUCAAUUCUGCAGUUAAACCCAUUUCCUCUGUCUCCCCCUCCGCCGCUGCUAUGGUAUCGUCGCCUUCUUCUCCGGCCAACAACAACCACCGCAAGAGAAGUUCGGGUUCGGCUGCUGCGGGCCCCGCUUCGUCUUACCAUGUUCCACCGCUGGCUGCGGUGGAUCCGUCGCGAUUUGUUGGGGAACUCGCGGGUUUGUUGCCACAGCAACCGCAUUUGAUGCUAUCGGGGGGGAAGGAAGAUUUGGGAGCUUUGGCUAUGUUGGAAGACAGUGUGAAGAAGCUGAAAAGUCCAAAAACUUCACCGGGGCCAACACUUAGCAAGACCCAAGUUGAUAGUGCUUUUGAUUAUCUUGCUGAUUGGGUGUACGAGUCUUGUGGGUCGGUGUCUUUCUCCUGUCUGGAGCAUCCAAAGUUCAGAGCUUUCCUUAACCAGGUUGGUUUGCCAACAGUAUCUAGCAGAGAAUUCACGGGUGCUAGAUUGGAUGCCAAAUUUGAGGAAGCCAAGGCAGACUCAGAAGCACGAAUCAGAGAUGCUAUGUUCUUUCAGAUAGCCUCCGACGGGUGGAAAACCAAGAAUUACGGUGAAGAAAAACUGGUUAAUAUGACUGUAAAUCUUCCCAAUGGGACCGGUUUGUACAGAAGGGCUGUUUUCGUUACCGGUUCUGCUCCUUCUAAUUAUGCAGAGGAUGUUUUGUGGGAGACAAUCACUGGCAUUUGUGGGAAUGUCGUGCAACAAUGUGUUGGGAUAGUUGCGGACAAGUUUACGGCCAAGGCUUUGAAAAACUUGGAGAAUCAGAAUCAUUGGAUGGUUAAUCUUUCUUGUCAGUAUCAAGGCUUCAAUAGUUUAAUCAAGGACUUCAGCAAGGAGCUCCCGUUGUUUAGCACCGUCACUGAGAAUUGUCUUAAGCUUGCAAAUUUUGUCAACUACAAAUCUCAAGUUCGGAAUAGUUUUCACGAGUACCAAAUGCAAGAGUACGGUCACGCAUGGUUACUCCGAAUACCAUUCCGAGGUUUUGAGGAUUUUGAAUUCGGGCCUGUGUAUACAUUGAUGGAGGAUACGUUGGGUUCGGUUCGUGCGUUGCAGUUGGUUCUUCUUGAUGAACUGUUCAAAAUGGCCUCCAUUGAAGACCCGAACGCGAGAGAAGUUGGGGAUAUAAUUCGAGAUGUGGGUUUUUGGAAUGAUUUGGAGGCAGUGCACUCGUUGGUUAAAUUGGUGAAGGACAUGGCUCAGGAGAUUGAGAUAGAAAGGCCACUUGUUGGGCAAUGCCUUCCUUUGUGGGAUGAGUUAAGAGCAAAAGUGAAGGAUUGGCGCUCCAAAUUCCAUGUUGCAGAAGAAGGAGCAGUUGAAAAAGUUAUCGAAAGAAGGUUCAAGAAAAAUUACCACCCUGCUUGGUCUGCUGCUUACAUUCUUGACCCUCUUUAUUUAGUUAGGGACACUAGCGGCAAGUACCUUCCACCGUUUAAGUACUUGACGCCGGAACAGGAGAAGGAUGUGGACAAGCUCAUAACAAGACUUGUUUCGAGAGAUGAGGCCCAUAUUGUUCUAAUGGAGCUCAUGAAAUGGAGAACAGAAGGGCUUGAUCCUGUGUAUGCGCGAGCUGUGCAGAUGAAGCAGAGAGAUCCUGUUACUGGGAAGAUGAGAAUCGUCAAUCCACAAAGCAGUAGACUUGUGUGGGAAACUUAUCUCUCACAAUUUAAGUCCUUAGGAAGAGUUGCAGCUAGGCUUAUAUUCCUUCAUGCAACCUCACGUGGCUUCAAAUGCAAUUGGUCUUUGUGGAGAUGGGUGUGUGCCCAUGGACACUCCAGGACAGCACUUGACAGGGCGCAAAAGUUGACAUUUAUUGCAGCUCAUUCCAAACUGGAGAGACGGGAUUUUUCCAGUGAUGAAGAUAAGGACGCAGAGCUGUUUAACUCGGCUAGUGUUGAGGAUGAUGUGUUAAACGAGGUUUUUGUGGAUACAUCCUCAGUGUAACUUUUUUUUUUCUUUUUUCUUUUUUCUUUUCUUGGGAGGGGUUAAUCACUUAGGAAUUUUAAUUUUUAGGAUUUAUUGAAUUCUUUUCCACUACCCUCUUCUUUUUUCUUGUGCCUUCUUCGAUCCUCUUUGUUUUUUUUUUAGAGCUUUACUCACUCGGGGGAUUUUGUGGCAGUUCAUAGGUGAUUGAAUUUUGUAUUACUGCUGCUCGGACUCGUGAUUCGAGCAAUUUCCCAUCGUUCACCAGAGCAUGAUAUAUUUUUAAGUGGUUAACUAAAUAUGCAGGGAAAGGAUAUCUUCUUGUUUGUAAAGCUAGAGAAAAGUGCAUGACCAAUUACAG